GACAGUUGAGUGUGCGCCACGUCCUGAUGUGCACAGAGUGAGCUCCCGUGGAUCACAUCUGAGUCUGCGCCAGGACCGAAGGCGAGAUUUGUCCUGUGCGCGCACUUUAAGAGGAGCUAAUCUGCCUGAGCCUGUCCUCUGCGCGCCUGUCCUCUGCGCUCCUGUCCUCUGCGCUCCUGUCCUCUGCGCUCCUGUCCUCUGCGCUCCUGUCCUCUGCGCGCCUGUCCUCUGCGCGCCUGUCCUCUGCGCUCCUGUCCUCUGCGCUCCUGUCCUCUGCGCGCCUGUCCUCUGCGCUCCUGUCCUGUGUGCUCCUCCGUGCGCCCCCGUGCUCUGCUCCGUCACUUCUCCUCUACACCGCCUCUACACCGCCUCUACACCGCCUCUUCAUCUCCAGCUCGUCUCUGGUCCAGACUCGCGGCGCUUGUGUUUUCUCGUUGAUCUCGCGCGGACACAGAGGCUGAUCAUCACUGGACUCAUAUUUUUGCACAUGGGCGAAGAGGAGGAGCGCUCAGCCCGGAUUCACCUCCAAGAAAACGAGGAAAAAGGAGCCUCCUCAGAGGAGCAGAGGGAGCGCAGAUAUGAACAGCUCUUUAAACAACUGGACCUGAACCAGGACGGACGAGUGGACAUCACCGAACUGCGCCUGGGCCUGGACAAGAGAGGAGUGCACCGGGGCAAGGCUGAGGAGAUCGUUCUUGAGAGCGACACAAAUCGCGAUGGGCAGCUGGACUUUCAGGAGUUUUCUGAAUUCUUACGAAGUCACGAGAAAAGACUGUGGCUCAUGUUCAAGAGUCUGGACCGAAACAGCGACGGUCGCAUUGAUGCUGGUGAGAUACAACAUGCUCUACACAAACUGGGCAUGAACGUGACACUGGAGCAGGCGACACGCAUCCUCCAGAGUAUGGACCGGGACGGCACCAUGACCAUCGACUGGAGCGACUGGAGGGAGCACUUCCUGUUCAACCCCCUGCACAACAUGGAGGAAAUCCUGCAGCACUGGAAACACUCGUGUAUGUUGGACAUCGGUGAAGCUCUGACCGUCCCAGAUGAAUUCUCUGAGAGAGAGCGGCGCGCCGGGCUCGUCUGGAGGCAGCUCGUGGCAGGAGCCAUGGCCGGAGCCGUGUCCAGGACCGGGACGGCUCCUCUGGACCGGCUCAAGGUCUUCCUCCAGGUGCACGGAGCUGCGUCCAGGGGUCAGAACCUGUGGGCGGGGCUACGGGGCAUGGUCCAGGAGGGCGGAGUCUUGUCGCUGUGGAGAGGAAACGGCAUCAAUGUCCUGAAGAUCGCCCCAGAGUCAGCUAUAAAGUUUAUGGCAUAUGAGCAGAUUAAAUGUGUACUUCAUGGCAGUAAAGAGGGCGGGCCCCUGAGGGUCCAGGAGAGGUUCCUCGCUGGAUCUUUGGCCGGAGCCACUGCUCAGACCAUCAUCUACCCCAUGGAGGUGUUGAAGACCCGUCUGACCCUGCGCAGGACGGGGCAGUACUCGGGGCUGCUGGACUGUGCCCGACACAUCCUGAGGACAGAGGGGGUGGGGGCGUUCUACAGGGGCUACCUGCCCAACACUCUGGGCAUCAUCCCCUACGCGGGCAUCGACCUGGCAGUGUACGAGACCCUGAAGAACGCGUGGCUGCAGAGGUACAGCGUGAACACCGCAGACCCGGGCGUCCUCGUGCUCUUGGCCUGUGGGACCGUGUCCAGUACGUGUGGUCAGCUGGCGUCCUACCCCCUGUCCCUGGUCCGCACGCGCAUGCAGGCUCAAGCGGUCAGUGAGGACAAGCACAAGCUGACCAUGGUGGGACAGUUCCGACACAUCGUCUCUCAUGAGGGCGUCCCGGGGCUGUACCGAGGCCUGACCCCAAACUUCCUGAAGGUCAUCCCGGCGGUCAGCAUCUCCUACGUGGUGUACGAGCACGCCAAGAAGGUCCUGGGAGCGGCGUCCUAGGCCCCGCCCACAAACAGCCACAAGUGCCUGUCGUCCAGUCAGUCCUUUACCUGAGAGUACUUCAAAAUACACGCAGUAAUAGUACUUAAUGAUACGUUUACAGUACUUCAAAAUACACACAGUAAUAGUACUUAAUGUGUCGUUUACAGUACUUCAAAAUACACGCAGUAAUAGUACUUAAUGUGUCGUUUACAGUACUUCAACAUACACACAGUAAUAGUACUUAAUGAUACGUUUACAGUACUUCAAAAUACACACAGUAAUAGUACUUAAUGAUACGUUUACAGUACUUCAAAAUACACACAGUAAUAGUACUUAAUGAUACUUUUACAGUACUUCAAAAUACACGCAGUAAUAGUACUUCAUGUGUUGUGAUGCUGGUGCAGGUGGGACCAAAAAGUGCAGAACUUGGGGCAAGUUCACCGUGUUUAUUUACAGAAUGUGAAAUGUCAGACAAGUACAGGUCAGAUCAGCGAGGGGGCGAGGAGCCGGGUGCGGAGAGCAGGAACAGGGACAGGGAGUAACCAGAACCGGAGGGGGAGACAGGAACAGGGACGGAGCCAGGGGCAAGGGAGCAGGGGGCGGGAGCCAGAGCGGGAGGCAGGGUGCAGGCCGGGGUGCAGGACGAGACAAGGUGGCGGAGACAAGACGGACAAUACUGGAGCAGGAACACGGGGUCAGGAGCAGAGCCAGAUGUAGAGGAGCUGGGACGGUCCAGGGAGCAGGAAUGUUUGACACGUGGACGAUCUGGCCCCGAGUGUCUGGUCCUGGCCCCUCUUGUCCACGGCAGGUGGUGGUAGUCGUGCUGAUGGGCUGCAGGUGGGAGGAGCCAGGAGCUCAGCCCCACUCCGGCAGGUGAGGGAGGGAAGGAGCAGGACAGGAGGUAAAACAUGGAGCGGAAAG